AUGACUCUUCCUCCUGGUAUUGCUGGUGACAAAUCCAAUAAAGUAUGCAAAUUUCUCAAGUCUUUAUAUGGCCUCAAACAGGCUAGCAAGCAAUGGCAUCAAAAGCUCACGUCAGCUCUCAUAUCCCUUGGUUAUCAUCAGUCUUCAGCUGAUCACUCUUUGCUCACUCUCAAAACUGCUUCACAUUUUACUGCUCUUCUAAUAUAUGUCGAUGACAUUGUUCUAACUGGUAAUGAUAUGGAGAAGAUUCACCGUGUCAAAGAGUUCUUAGACAAGCAGUUUAAAAUCAAAAACCUUGGGCCUUUACGUUUCUUCCUGGGACUUGAGAUUUCUCGUUCUCAAAGGGGUAUCAUCCUUAAUCAAAGGAAAUACGCCCUUGAAUUACUUUCUGAUACUGGUUUACUUGCUGCCAAGCCAGCCUUCACUCCCAUUGAUGCAGCUUCCAAACUCAGUCGUUCUACUGGAGCUCCUUUGCCUGAUGCUUCAUCUUAUCGUAGACUCAUUGGUAGGCUACUGUAUCUCACAACCACGAGGCCUGACAUUGCCUUUUCUGUGCAACAACUUAGUCAGUUUGUUUCAGCUCCAACUGACACUCAUCUGCUUGCUGCUCCUAGGGUCCUCCAGUACAUCAAACGUUCUCCAAGUGCUGGCCUCUUUUUCCCUUCAACUAGUUCCCUUACACUUUCGGGUUACUCUGAUUCUGAUUGGGCUUGUUGCCCAGAUACCCGAAGAUCCAUCACAAGUCAUUGUAUUUUCCUUGGUUCUACCUUGGUUUCACGGAAAUCAAAGAAACAAACUACUGUUUCUAGAUCCUCCUGUGAAGCUGAAUACCGUGCCUUGGCCAGUUUAACAUGUGAGCUCCAAUGGAUGUCCUACUUACUUCAAGACCUUCAUCUUCCUCCUACUCAACCGAUAUCUGUCUACUGUGAUAAUGUUUCUGCAAUAUAUUUGGCACACAAUCCUACCUUCCAUGAACGCACUAAACAUGUGGAACUUGAUUGCCAUGUGGUUCGAGAAAAUGUGCAUGUUGGUCUCAUCCAUCUUCUCCCUGUGCCAUCUUCUGCACAACUAGCUGACGUCUUUAGCAAGCCCCUGCUUGCUACUGCCUUUUGUUCUGCUGUCUCCAAGUUCGGACUAGUGGAUAUCCAUAGUCCUCCUUGUGGGGGGAUGUUAAUAUACCCCAAUGAUUCUGCUAAUCAUGGAGAUAAAGCCACGUCAGCAGAGACUCCAAAACUGAAUUAG